AUGGAUCCAAUCUCGGCCAUGAUGGAGUUCAUGACUGCCCACCCAGAAUUCUUCGGACCAAACGCCCCUCUCUACCCCUCCGCCAUCCUCUUCCCCGCUUUUGCCUUCCCAUCCUGGCUCCUCUGUAUGGCCCCUAUGAUCUGGCAUUUCCGCCAAGCCAACAUCGCGGCCGGCUCCCUCAUCCUUUGGAUCAUCCUAGCCAACUUCUUCAACUCUAUCAACGCACUCAUAUGGCCUCGCGACAACGUACAGGAAUGGUGGGACGGUGCCGUCUGGUGCGACAUCCACGUUCGUCUCCAGGUGGGUAGCUAUGUUGGUAUGACAGCUUCGGUGGCUCUGGUCAUACGCAAGCUUGCCAUUGUCAUGGAUACGAAUAACAUGACAGUUUCGACAAGCCGGAAGAGUAAGAUGUGGGCUAAGAUCUGGGAAGUCGUUUGGUGUUGGGUUGUGCCAGGCUUCUUCAUCGCCCUCUACUACGUCGUGCAACCCGCUCGCUUCUUCAUCUACGGCAUCGUAGGAUGUAUAUCGGCCCAUGACAGUUCGUGGCCUAGCGUCGUCUUGGGCUUCAUGUGGCCAACCAUCGGCAUGUUAUUCGCUUCCUACUGGGCUUCCCUGCUCGUCUACCGUCUCUACCGUUACCGCCGCGAAUUCCACCGUCUAGUCGCCGCCCGCAACACUACCUCAUCACGCUUCGUCCGCCUCUUCAUCCUUAGUCUAGUCGUCGUCCUUGUUUACCUGUCCUACUCCAUUUACCUCCUCGUCGACGUAUCAUCAUGGAUCACAACGCCUUAUUCCUGGUCUUCGGUCCACAAUCCCGACACUGUCAACAACAUCGUAAAGAUUCCCGUCAUGGGGACUGUUAGCUUCGAGAAGUGGGUCCAGGUUGCGACGGGGUAUGUUACGUUUUGUCUGUUGGGUACGGGGGUUGAUGCGAAUGCGCACUAUAGGCGGGUACUGGUGAGGAUGGGGGCGGGGAGGAUUUUUCCUAGUCUAUACGCUCAAUCUGGUGACAGGAGGACACCGAAGAGGACUUCGGCUGCGAGGGCUUGGACCUCGAAUGUGUCCAGCAAGGCGAAGAGUAUGCUCUGGUCCAGCAGAUCGGGGUCAACACUUGCCGGAUCAACCAUCACCGGAUCGAUCAUCACAGACUCCACAAAGGACACUUCCGCCGACCUUACAAGCCAUGAAUUCGUCGGCCUGGACUCCAUACCCCGGCUACACAGCGUCACGACGCAAGACACAUUGCUCUCACAGAAGAACAAUGCUUCGACCUCACCCAUCCCAUCCACACCCUCAUCACCACAACCCUCAUUCUUCCGCCGCUACUUUGCCCGACCUUCUUUCUACGGACCACUGCUACCCCUCUUCUCACAUCCCAGUAUCGCCGAGAUUCCUACUUCGAACCAUACUUGCGCCACCGACACGAGCGAGUCGAUCUCCUCGUCCACGACUAUCAAGCCGCCAACUGGUGUGCAUGCGCGUGCUUGGGCUGAGGAGGCUUUGCCUUCUUCCUCCAUUGAGGGUCAUGUAGUCGGUAAUAGCGUACACGUUGUGAGGGAGGUUCAGAUGCGACGGGAUGAGAAGGCUGGUAGAACGCACGGAGGCACGAUCGAAGUAUGUGGGAACGAGCAGUUCUAUCUUGGGAGGGAUCCAGAGCUCUGUCGCUACUCGUGGAGCGACGACCUCACUAUUUCAAGGAAACACCUGCGCAUCCAUUGCAUUCUAUAUGAGCAGGACCCAAUUGCUAAGAUCGCCCCGUUCGUUUACGCGACCGAUCUCUCCGCAAAUGGUACCUACCUCCGAAAGAGUAACUCAGAAUACACGGCAUCGCAAGAUGCAGGCAUUCUGAUGGGUCCCAAGAGCACCUUCCUCUUAGAAGAUGGGGAUGAGAUCCGUAUCUCAGACACCGUCACUUUAGUCUACUACUCGAACAUACCGGCAGAGCUUGUCAAGUUGACCGCCAUUCAGGAGCGCGAAAGACAAACAUUUGCAUCGCGCUACCUCCUUACUGGGCGUUUGCUCGGCGAGGGCGGUUACGGCAAGGUACUAGUGGGCAUCAAUCAAGAAACACAACGACAACUUGCAUGCAAGAUGAUCCGACUGGACAAAAUGUACGACACAUUGGCAAUGUCAAACUUGCAGGAAUCGGAGAGGAGACAACUGCCAAAACGAGUUACCAAUUGCUUUCGCGAGUUCGAUAUUCUCAAAGACCUUGGCCAUCCCAACAUCAUCGCCAUCGAAAAGGUUUUCCGGAAUAACAACACCAUUUACAUCUUUGAAGAGCUCGUCAGGGGGGGUGAUCUCUUUUCCUUUAUCGAGUUCAAGGACGGCCAGAUUGAUGGUUUACAUGCUGCGUUUAUCAUCUACCAGGUCUUGAAGGGAAUGGAGUAUCUCCACGAUCAGGAUAUCGUACACCGGGACCUGAAACCAGAUAACAUACUCAUGUCAUCUCUUGAAGAUAGUGCUCGCGUCGUCAUUACCGAUUUCGGCAGUGCUAGAUUCCUGCCCGGAAAAAAUAGCCAAAAUCCGCCACAGAACAACAAGUAUCACCGAAUGUUCUCUUACGUCGGUACCUUGGAGUACACGGCGCCUGAGAUACACCGACUCAACAAGGCAAUCCCAGUCGAUGAUGGCUACUCAAAAGCUGUCGAUAUGUGGUCUAUCGGUUCAAUUACGGCUACUGUACUUACCGGCGACUUGAUGUUCAGUGACCGCAGACACCCGGAGUACGACGCUAACCCUCGCGGGGUGAUCUUGGGUCUCGCAGCUAUUUGUGACCUUAGUAACCUGGACGACCCUGAUCACCCGUUGUGGGUCAAUAUCGGCUAUCAUCCAAAGGACUUCAUCAAAGGUCUGCUCGUACUCAAAGAGGAAGAGCGUAUGACAGCAUCGGAGGGUCUAGCGCACGAGUGGUUCUCAUCGUAUGCUGAAGACUUUGAUAAGCUGUAUACGAACGCGACUACAGAUUGGAAACCCAGAGAGAAGAACCUUGAUCUUGUCGAGAUUAUCCCCAAGUCGCUAUACAACCGCAUUGCAGCUGAUUUCAUCGGCGGUGUUCAGAGUCCAGGCAUCAAUUCGCAACACUUCCCUACAAGUCAGUCUCAAGAUACGCAUAGGAUGGCCCAGUCGGCUCAAUGA